AAUUCGAAACCGAGAGCUCCCGGAUCGGAUCCCAGCUGGUCCAAAGCCCAGAAGCGAAACCCACGCCCUACGAAAGGGGCAAACCAUCGGAACCCUAGAUCCCCCGCGCCUCGUCGCCACCUAGCUCCAAAACCCUAGAUCCCGCCAUGCACCACCCCAGAGCCCGCUACCCGCCCGGCUACGACUAUGGCGGCGGCGGCGGAGGCGGCGGCCGUGGCGGUGGCGGCGGCGGCGAACGAGGAGGCGGCAGUGGCGGAAAUCAGAACUACUACGGCAGGAACCCGCAGCCGCAGCACCACGACUACCACCAGCCGCAGCACGCGCAGAGGAACUCGUUCUCACAUCAGCAGCAACAUCAGCAGCACCAGCACGCGCAGAAGAACUCGUUCUCGCAGCAACAGCAUCAACAGCAGCAGCAGCAGUGGCUGCGGCGGGACCAGGCCGCGGCACAGGCCUCUGGGGAGGCUGCGGCGAGGACAGCGGCGCGGCUCGACGCCGUUGACACGAGCUCUCAAGAUUGGAAGGCACAAUUGAAUAUUCCAGCUCCAGACACACGUUAUAGAACAGAGGAUGUUACUGCAACCAAAGGCAAUGAGUUUGAAGAUUAUUUUCUGAAACGUGAGCUACUCAUGGGAAUAUAUGAGAAGGGAUUUGAAAGGCCAUCUCCUAUUCAAGAAGAAAGCAUUCCAAUUGCUCUAACUGGAAGUGAUAUUCUUGCAAGAGCAAAAAACGGCACUGGGAAGACUGCUGCAUUCUGCAUUCCAGCACUUGAAAAAAUUGAUCCAGAGAAAAAUGCCAUACAAGUUGUUAUAUUGGUACCAACAAGAGAACUAGCUUUGCAGACUUCACAAGUGUGCAAAGAGCUCGGGAAGUACCUGAACAUUGAAGUUAUGGUUAGUACUGGAGGAACCAGCUUGAAGGAUGACAUUAUGCGUUUGUACCAACCUGUUCAUUUACUUGCUGGGACACCUGGCCGGAUACUGGAUCUCACCAGGAAGGGCAUUUGCAUGCUGAAUGAGUGUUCAAUGCUCAUUAUGGAUGAGGCAGACAAGCUAUUAGCACCCGAGUUUCAACCUUCUGUGGAGCAACUCAUUAGCUUCCUUCCAGCUAGUCGGCAACUAUUGCUGUUUUCUGCAACCUUUCCUGUAACUGUCAAGGAUUUCAAGCAGAAAUACCUGCCUAGACCUUAUGUUAUUAAUCUUAUGGAUGAACUAACACUGAAAGGAAUAACCCAAUACUAUGCUUUUGUGGAAGAAAGGCAGAAAGUUCAUUGUCUGAAUACACUUUUCUCAAAGCUUCAAAUAAAUCAGUCUAUUAUUUUCUGCAACUCUGUCAAUAGAGUUGAGCUGCUGGCAAAGAAGAUCACCGAGCUUGGGUAUUCUUGCUUCUACAUUCAUGCUAAAAUGUUGCAAGACCAUCGAAACAGAGUGUUCCACGAUUUUCGCAAUGGUGCUUGCAGAAACCUUGUGUGCACAGAUCUUUUUACCAGAGGAAUUGACAUCCAAGCUGUUAAUGUUGUCAUUAAUUUUGACUUCCCCAAGACUGCUGAAACAUAUUUGCAUAGGGUUGGUCGUUCUGGAAGAUUCGGACACCUUGGUUUGGCAGUGAACUUAAUCACUUAUGAGGACCGUUUCAACAUGUAUAGGAUUGAGCAAGAACUUGGGACAGAAAUAAAAACAAUACCUCCACAGAUUGACCUGGCGGAAUACUGCCAGUGAUCACUUUUAACAGAAUUAGAAGCACAUCUUUUAUGAAAGCAUCAUUAGGCAACAAGUAUACUAGAUGUACAUAUGACCUCAUCUGGGUUUUAUUUUGGUGCCUUGAUGAUGCAUCUAAGCUCAAUAUUUCCAUCAGUGGAGCAAGCGUUCUCUGCUGGCACCUGUGCUAAUCCAUUUAACUGUGGAGAGGCGUAUUCGGAUGCUUGGAGGUUCAGAACUGUGGUCAGCCCAAACAUUAUUUCUUGAGAUUCAUGUAUCUGCUCAAGAUACUUUUAUUUCUCGUUUCACUUCUGGUUGUGUCAUGUUCGGAUUCUGCUGCUUGAGUUUGUAUUAUCAUAUUGCGGCUCUUUUGUCAGUUUCCUUUUAUUCUGUUUGUACUAGUUGCAGUAUUUCCUUGACUUGAUAACUUCGGUGUUGAUUAACCCCAACUAUUUACUCUUUUAUUCAGAAUAGACUUGUUUGUCAUGCCGUUGAUGUUAUGCAUGCUUCUUUCAA